AUGCUCUCGCAUGGUCGCAUCGGCACGAGCGAGUUCGCGGAACGAACGAUUUGGGCCACUAUCGAACGAAUACCGCGCUUUUCCCUAUUCGCAGCGCUACUGAACGAGCACCACGACAUCCGAGCGAGACUGAAUAGCACGCAUCAAAUGUCGACUCUUUUCAUACCAACAAACGACGCCAUUGUGUCGAAUACCGACUUCUCGCGUUCGGGACCGCAUGAGCGGUGCCACGGGACGCUAGAGUACCAUAUAGUGCCGUGGCCUUUGAGCACCACGAACUUAUUCUGCACGCCAACGCUGCCUACUCAAUUUCAUCCGAACAGUGUCAACGGACCACAGCGGCUAAAAGUCGAUAUCCGGUUCACUGGACCGAUUAUUGAUGGUCGCGCUAAAGUCGAAUAUCCCGAUAUCGCGGCUUCGAAUGGAUAUAUACACGCAAUCGACACAGUGCUGCAACCACCCUCCCUAUCGACGCUUUCCUCGAUUAUGCACAUGCCGAAAGCUCAGUUUGGCACUUUCAUACGCGCACUUCAUCACUCAGGCAUUAUUACUGAGGUGAACGGUAUGCAAAGCUCCGGCUUAACGGCAUUCGCACCUUCAAACCGCGCAUUUGAUGAACUGGGAGAGGAACGGAUACGGCACCUCUUCACGCCAGAAGGCCGGGGAGAGCUGAAAAUGAUCGUUGCGUCACACUUUGUAUUGAACAAGACCUUGUAUUCAAACGCAUACUACGUUGGUCGUGGCCGAUCACUCCAGCAUUUGGAGGUGAAUCUUUGCGCGCGUGGAACACGUCACUUCAAGCUAGAGACUCUUCAGCCUGACGUUUCGCAUAAAGUGACGGUUUUCAGGUUCGCAAGGCUCAUUGAGAUGGCGAUUGACGAUUUCACGUUUGUUGCUCAUAAGGAUAUCGUUGCGAAGGAUGGUGUGCUGCAUGUAGUUCACCGCCUUCUCUCAAGGUGA